AUGCGUGAGCUUGUGUCGCUUGUAGCUCUGGUCUUGCUGCUCUCCGCAAGUCCCGACUGCUGCGAUGCUCUCCGGGCCCUGAGGCUGAGAGGAGGUUCAGACGCUAUGCUGGAUGAGAGACUGAGCUCGAUGAAGCUGUCGGAACUUCAGAAGGAGCUGCGAGCGAAGGGCCUUAGCACGAAAGGCCUCAAGGCUGAACUCAUCAAGCGCCUCCAGGACUCCAUGCACGAGCCUUCAAAGGAUGUUGGAAUAAAGAGAAACGCACCGGAUGAUCCCGGGGAGGGAAACAUGCAGGAGGAAGACACUGAAGGAGAGCUCCCGAUGAAGCAACCGCGAACUGACCGACCUUGCGUGCAGCAUUCUGACGAGCAUCAGUCUACAGGGACGGGAGAAGAGCCUUUGAUCAAGGUGCGGCAGACCAACCAGGCAAAAAUAGUGAUCGAACGAGAGGGAGACGAUGGUGUAGUGAAGGUGAUCAACGGGUAUGACUUGAAGGAUCGAUGUAGAGCCGCAGGCUUCAAGUUCGACGCGGCCGAGCGUGCUUGGGUCAUCCCCAUCUUCGCACUGCUGCAUGGGAUGGGGGUGUCGAGCUUGGAUCAGAUUGAGCACGACGACAUCAUGGACUACCUGCAGAGGAUCGAGGUCACUGAAGCUCUGGCUUCGCAGCCGAAAGAACAAGAAGAGCUUGAGGCUGAGGUGGACGGGGACAUGGUUUCUCUCAAGGGCAACACGUAUGCUUGGAAAGACAAGAUCCGGUCUGCAGGCUUCAGGUGGGACUCGACGCGCUCCUGCUGGCGAAGGCCUCUCGAUCAAGUCCUGCUCUGGCUCAAAAGCGUGAGGACCGGGGGCGCUGACGAAGAGGGAGAUGUAGAGGAACACGUCAUUCGAGCAAUCACUGAAAUUAGCCAAGAGGAGCUCGCAAGAGCAAGCCCAGCACAAGUCGAGCAGCUUCAACCAUACCUGAAAGUCGACAAGGAAGAGGUUCGCAUCUACAACUCCUACAACCUCAAAGAUCACCUGCGGCAGCUGGGCUUUCGCUUCAACGUGCAGGAAAAGUGCUGGAGCUCGCGGCUAGAGGACGUCAAGCGGCUGCUGCCUGAUGAAGACCUGACGUUGGACGCGAUCAUGGGCGUCAUGCCGGAUGACAAGCAGCUCGUGCCGCAGGCUCCCUUCCUGUCCAUCAACGGCACCGACGUUGAAGUCCACAACUCCUACUCCAUGAAAGACUCGCUGCGCUCCAUCGGGUUUCGAUUCGAUGCGGCGCGAGCUUGCUGGAUCAGACCUGUAGAGGAAGUCCUGACCCUGCUCGAGCUGCCAGACUCCUCCAGCAUCACCCUCGAGUUGCUCACGGAAACCAGCAAGAGAGCAGUCGAAGGCGAGAUCGCGCAGGAGAAACUUGCUCCACAUAAAUCGGCAGCUCCCUCGCUCAAGGUGGAGGGCGACGAGCUCGCGGUGUACAACUGCUACGAGAUCCGCGAGAAACUUCGAGCCGCUGGCUUCCGGUGGAACUCCGAAGGUGCCAAGUGGACGAGAAACUUGCAGGAUGCGAUGUAUGCCUUGGACGCAUCUGAUCUGACUGUGGAGAAACUCCUCUCCUUGGAAGCGACCGGAGAGGGUCGGGAGCAAGGGAAGGAGAAGGCUUCUCCCCACCUCUCUGUGGUCGACGGGGAGGUGCUCGUGUUCAACUCGUAUGAGGUCUCCCGCGCUCCUCUGCUGCCUCCCAGUCAAGGUCUCCUGCAGGUGAAAGACAAGCUCCGCGCCAUCGGCUUCCGCUGGGACUCAAGUCGAGGCGUGUGGUCGAGGCCUACGGUGGACACGAUGAGCUUGCUGGGGGUGACGGAGGAGGAAGCGAUCUCCCUAGACAAGCUGCUCGCUGUCGACCCGCUCAGUCAGCAGGCUGAGCAAGCGCAGCCGACGGUUGAGGUUGUGAACGAGGAAGUGCUGGUGCUCAACUCUUACUCGGCAAAAGAGGAGCUCAAGUCCCUUGAGUUCCACUUCGACAGUGAGCGGCGGGCGUGGGUGAAGAGCGUGGUGGAGGUGAAGCAGAUGCUCGGGCUGGAGGACCAGAUGGACAUUGACAUGAACAAGCUGCUCGCACACGCAGAAAAAUUGCGAAGUCAGGCCAAGGAGGGCGAGCAGCUCGAGGAGGGAGAACAUGCCCAGGAGCAGGAGCAGAUGGAGGAGGGGGAGGGGGGUGGAGGGGCUAAGCCAGCGGAUCGCUCUCCUUCACCUGACGUGGUCGAUCACACGCCUGGUCCUCUUCCUCCUCUGCUGACAGACAGCUACUGA